GUGUCACAGCAGCCUGCGACUCCUACGACAACGGCUACUUAUUCCCCGGACGACGUGCGGGCAUCACCGUGGAGCACAGGUUCCCGCUCGCCCUCACGUCCAAACCCGCUGCUGCCGAGCUCCCGCUCGCCCUCCCAGACUCGCCAGGCAGUCGAGAGUGGCUCCAUGACCCCAAGAGGAGCCCACAAAGAGCGGUCGGGAAGCCGGAAGAGGACCGACGGCGAGCGCAGCCCAAGGACUCCCGAGACGACGGAUCCGGCGCUCUAUUUGCAAUCUCUGUUCCCGGCGGAGUCUCCGAAAUCCCCGCCGACUUCACCCCCGAGCCCAUCCCUGACAAGAACGGAGCAGCGGCACAAGGCCGUGGCAAGAAGCCUUUCUCGUCUCUUCUCCGACGAUGAGGAGGUGCAGCAAAGGAAGGGCGCGUCCCGGGCGACCACUGGCCGGCCACCGGCUGUGGCCCCAAAACCUGAGGAGGAGCCGCCGGCAAGGAAAACUUUGCGCCAAGGGCAGGCGCAGGAGGCCAAGCCACGUGGGCGGUCGCAGCCUGGACGGCGCGUGACAGAAUUGAAGGCAGCCUCCGAUGCGGCAGGAGGCGGUGUUCCAGUCGGCAAGGCCAAAAAACCUGCAACAAGCACUUCUCGUCCGCGCAAGACUGCGAGCACCAAAGUCGCUGACAGCCCCACAGAAAGGCCCAAGCCGCAGGUGUUGGGUCACGGUAGCCCACAAGCUUCGCAGCUGACACUGACGUUGUGCUGUGACUGCCAGUCCGUCCAAAGAAGGACCAUGCCGGCAGAUAUCCCCGAUGACGUCAAGAAGCAGUUGAUCAACGACCCGAAGGUCCAGAAGGCCUUGCAAGAGCAGGCGGCAAAGACAGGCAAGGAUGCCAUGGCAGCGCUGCAAGACCCGGAGGUGCAGAAGAUGAUCAUGGACACCUGCAAAGAGAAGUUUCCGGAAUAUGCGUCGCAAGCACAGGCGAAGAUCAGAGAUUUUUGCAACGACCCGGAGGUUCAGGCGGCCGCCAAGAAGUAUGCAUCUAUGGCCGGAGCGUAUGUGAUGCAGGCCGGUGGCGCCUUAGUUGCUCAGAUCGAGCAGGGCCCGGCUGGGGUGCGAUUCCUUUGCUUCCUAGCGAGUUGCUUCUCCCUGGCAGUCGGUAUCUUUCAGCUGAUUAGCAUCAGCCGCAUCACCAGCGAGCCUGUGAAGUAUGUCCUGUCGAUGUAUCAGGUGCUUUUCAGCGUGACGACGAUGCUGUUUGAAGCCCCACCAGAGUAUAUCGCCAAAGUCUCCGGCCUGAGCGGAUACCAGGACCUGCUGAUGGAGAAGUGCAAGUUCCUGUCCGAGACCAUCGGGCGUGGCGGCUUCUACAUCUUUCAGGGAACUCUCUGGCUCUGCUUUGCGUCUCUGACAGACAUCCUUGACCUGGCAGCCGGCUUCGCCAUGGUGCCUCUGCGCGAAAGUG